AAAACACAACUAACCAUCGAGAGGAAAGUGUUGUCACUUCGUUCCUCACUCCCCAUCCUCCCUCCCUCUCUCCCUUUCUCGACUCCGGCCGCCGAGGUCAAACCCCACCACGAUGAGCGGCGGCGGCGCGGCCAGCGCAAGCGCGAGCGGGAGCUUCGAGCAUCAUCACGCGAAGCGGCGUCCCCCGACGCCUGGUCCGCCCCAGCAGCCGCCGCCGCAGCAGCGGAAGCUGCUGACGCUGUCGGUGCAGGACAACGACGGCGUGGCCGCGGGCGUGGUCCCGCCGGUCACCGUGGUCCUGGACGGGCGCUGCAUCUGCCACCGCGUCCACCUCCACCGGCAUACCGGGUACCGCAGCCUCGCGGGCACGCUCCGCCGCAUGUUCGUCGACGCCGACGACGGUCAACAGCGCCGUGACGGCGACGACGACCUCGACCUCGCCAAUGCCGUCCCGGGCCACGUCGUCGCGUACGAGGACCUGGAGGACGACCUCCUACUCGCCGGUGAUCUCAAGUGGAAUGAUUUUGUUCGCGUGGCUAAAAGGAUCCGGAUCAUCCCCGCGAAGACGAAGUCAAGCCGGGCCAAGAAAUGCGGAGGAGGUGUCAACAACAAGUAAUCGCCGGGCCGGGAUUUAUUAGACCUCGCAUCGCAUCGCAUGUAAUUACUACUACUAGUUGUCUACUACUCGUUUUGUUAAUUCUUCAUCAUUGUCCACAUAAGUAUAAUGUUUGUCAUUAAAGACCUAAAGCAGGCAAAGCAAUGAACAAGUUUGUGCCACGAUCA